CGCUCGCUGAGCAGGUUCAGGGGGCUGGUAAGAGGGGUUCCCGGACCUGAGGGGGCUCCCAAAAUGGACUUGCCUGGGUCGCGGCUGGCCUGGCAUGGGGGCGUGGAGCGCCCUGGGGGCGCCCAGCGCGGCGCGAUCCCGAGGGAGCUUCAGGUCCUGAGCCGCUUUCGCCGCCCCUCGGUGCUCGAAGCCCCAGUCGCCCUCGACUUUCUGGGCUUGGCUGUGUCGCUGGGAGCCGAAAAUUGAGUCGGAAGAGGAGGGGGCUGGUGGCAACCUGAACUGCCGAUUUAAAAUUGUGUUCCGGCGGCGCCGUCGGCAGCGCCAGGGUUCUGGCUUCCAGUCGUCGCGGAGGGAGAAGUAUGGCAACGUGUUCAAGACGCACUUGUUGGGGCGGCCGCUGAUACGCGUGACCGGCGCGGAGAACGUGCGCAAGAUCCUCAUGGGCGAGCACCACCUCGUGAGCACCGAGUGGCCUCGCAGCACGCGCAUGUUGCUGGGCCCCAACACGGUGUCCAAUUCCAUUGGAGACAUCCACCGCAACAAGCGCAAGGUCUUCUCCAAGAUCUUCAGCCACGAGGCCCUGGAGAGUUACCUGCCCAAGAUCCAGCUGGUGAUCCAAGACACGCUGCGUGCCUGGAGCAGCCACCCCGAGGCCAUCAACGUGUACCAGGAGGCGCAGAAGCUGACCUUCCGCAUGGCCAUCCGGGUGCUGCUGGGCUUCAGCAUCCCCGAGGAGGACCUUGGGCACCUAUUUGAGGUCUACCAGCAGUUUGUGGAGAAUGUCUUCUCCCUGCCUGUUGACCUGCCCUUCAGUGGCUAUCGGCGGGGCAUUCAGGCUCGGCAGACCCUGCAGAAGGGGCUGGAGAAGGCCAUCCGGGAGAAGCUGCAGUGCACGCAGGGCAAGGACUACUCGGACGCCCUGGACCUCCUCAUUGAGAGCAGCAAGGAGCACGGGAAGGAGAUGACCAUGCAGGAGCUGAAGGACGGGACCCUGGAGCUGAUCUUUGCGGCCUAUGCCACCACGGCCAGCGCCAGCACCUCGCUCAUCAUGCAGCUGCUGAAGCACCCCACCGUGCUGGAGAAGCUGCGGGAGGAGCUGCGGGCUCAUGGCAUCCUGCACAGCGGUGGCUGCCCCUGCGAGGGCACACUGCGCCUGGACACGCUCAGCGGGCUGCGCUACCUGGACUGCGUCAUCAAGGAAGUCAUGCGCCUGUUCACGCCCAUUUCCGGGGGCUACCGCACUGUGCUGCAGACCUUCGAGCUCGAUGGUUUCCAGAUCCCCAAAGGCUGGAGUGUCAUGUACAGCAUCCGGGACACCCACGACACAGCGCCUGUGUUCAAAGACGUGAACGUGUUCGACCCCGAUCGCUUCAGCCAGGCGCGGAGCGAGGACAAGGACGGCCGCUUCCAUUACCUCCCAUUCGGUGGCGGUGUCCGGACCUGCCUGGGCAAGCACCUGGCCAAGCUGUUCCUGAAGGUGCUGGCGGUGGAGCUGGCCAGCACCAGCCGCUUUGAGCUGGCCUCGCGGACCUUCCCCCGCAUCACCUUGGUCCCCGUCCUGCACCCCGUGGACGGCCUCAGCGUCAAGUUCUUUGGCCUGGACUCCAACCAGAACAAGAUCCUGCCGGAGACAGAGGCCAUGCUGAGCGCCACAGUCUAACCCAAGGCCCACCUGCCUCAGCCCAGCCCAGGCAGCGGGGUGGCGGUGGUGGGAGGUAGAAACCUGUGUGUGGGAGGGGGCCGGAAUGGGGAGGGCAAGCGGCCCCCAUACUUGCCCUUCCCUGCUCCCCCUCCCUGGCAAACCCUACCCAAAGCCAGUGGGCCCCAUCCUUCCUAGGGCGGUGCUCCACUUCUGGCUCCCGCUUCCCUCCAGCCACUCCCCAUUUCCCACCAGCUCAGCCCCUGGGAAGGGCGUGGCGGGGGCUCUGCAUGCCCGUGACAGUGUUUGGUGUCAGCGCGUGCUACAGUGUUCUUGUGAUGUUCUGAAAUGCUCCCUUCCCUCCGUUCCUUUUGGACCCUUUUAGCUGGAGCCCGGGGUCAGGAAGAGCGGUGCCCGCUUUGGUGCACUCUUCAGCGCCUCCCUCUGCUGCGCCCCCACUGCAUCUGCCCAGGAGCAGCAUCCUGGGUAGCAGAACAGGAGUCAACCUUGGCGGGGUGGGGGCUGCCUCCAACCUGGAGACUCUCCUUCCCUGUGCCCCUGUUCCCACCCUGCCUCGCCAGUUUGAACAUUUGAAAUUACCUAUUGCUGCUACUUGUUCUGUCCUCCGACCUUGGGGCAAAGGAGCCCCAGGCCCUGUCUCCCUAGCAUCCUCCCUGGUGGCCCUGGGCAGGUGCACUGACACCCCCACCUUCCCAUCCCCUGCUGAACCGGGCCCUGUUACACACACGGGCCUGAGGCCCACGGCUCGUGUGCUACUUGCCCCCAUAUUUAUUCACUGAUAGAGAAUCUUGGGGAUGCUGGGGUCUGGAGCGAACAUUUCCUCCCCUUCAUGCCCUAGCCUGUGUUCCAGCUGUCUUGGCGAGACUUCUGUGAGUGAAGACGAAGGGGUCUCCGGUCAAACCCAGCCCCUGGACCUAGGGUUGAAAGCCUUCCCCGGCUCCAGGCAUUAUUUGGGUUUAAUCUUGGAGGCUCACUCCUGGGCUGAAGUCCAGUGCCUCUGCCUUGUACCUGGUGGAGAUGGGACAUGGCCCAUUGCCUCCUCCCUCUCCUGUCAAAAACCCUGAUCAGGUAGAUUUGGAGGCGGCCGCCAUUUCCUGCUUGGCCCCUGUUCACCCCAGUGCCCCUGACUCCAAUGCAUCAGUUUGGGGAAGGAUACGGGUUCUUCUGACGGGGAGCCAGGGCCUCCGUCUUCCCUUCCUUAACCCUCCCCCUUUGCCCUCCACCCUGAAAAAGGUGUCCUUGAAGUCCCUUCCACCUCUAUGCCACUGUCUGCUUAGCCCAGCUCAGGGGUGGGGAAGAGGCGAAAGCGUGGGGGAGGUGAGCGCAGCGGCAGUUCUGCCUCGGAGCUGACUCCAGGGCCCCGUGUGGUCUCCGGACAGCGGCGGGAAGGCUGCUGCAGCUAGAGCUGACGAGGCGGCGAUGUGCAGUUUGUCAGGGGGAUUGGGUUGAAAACUGGCCAGUCGGGAUGACUGGGUGAAAGAGGAGUAGCUCCUACCACUGGCGUUUUGAGUGUUGGCAAUUUGGGAUGCCUCCUGGGGAUGGUGUGGGGGCCUUUGGUGAGUCUCUAAGCAAUUGUGUCUGUUUUCAGAUUUUUCCUUGCUUUUGUGUUUCUCUAUUGGUUUUUGAAACAUCAAAAACCAAUUUGGUUUUGUAAAAGCAAUGAAUCUUCUUUACAAGAAAAUCGAAAACAGAAGAAUGAAGGACAUGCCAGUCCCCGAUUGCUGCUGUGAGCACCUCAGCGGCUCCCUCCAACCAGAUACCAUAGGCAGCCCCACAGACUGACCCUGACCCCACUCACCGCCACCCUGACGAUAGACUAUAGGAACGGGCCCAUACCACACAGACUGCUCUCCAAUCCCCGAGUCUCAGAUGUUUCGUUUAUUUCCUACUUUUCCACUACUAAAAAACAGUGUGGAACAGACAUUAUUGGCAAAAUUGAUCAUCCCCAAUCCUGAAAAACAGGCCGGAAUGGGUAAAGACUUGUCAAAGCUUGCAACAUAGCUACAUGGUGCACCUGAACCUGUACCCACCCAUUCCCCCAACACAAAACGAGUGUCCGGAAGGUUCAUUUGCCUUUAAACUGAUCCAGCUGGCCCUAAACCAAUUGUUUUUGACUGAGUAUCUAGGAGAGCAGUAAGUGGAACUUCAGACAACAAGCCCACUGGGUCUGGUCCAGGUGACGGGCAGGAGGCAUGGGGCUGGGAGGUCUCAGGGGCCUUGCCCGGGGGUGGCCAGCCUGGUAGGGGGCAGAGAAGGAAAAGCUGAGGGGGGGUUCCUGUGAGGGAGGAAAGAAGGAUCAUUUGCCCCGCUGGGUAUCAAAGGCAAUGAGAAGAGAGCCGAAGAAAGCUCUUGCUGGCUGACAGGACCCCUGUGUUGUAAUUGGUCCCUCCUUUCAGCUCUUUGGUGAGAUUCCCGCGUCUGUGUGUGUGCGUGUGUGUGCGUGUGUGUUUCAUAGAGCUAGCGUUAGAUGGGUGAUGUUUCUUACUUAUCAUCCCUAACUAUUGUAACUUGACCUUAAAAAGACAAAACCCCACAAAACUCUUCCUGCCACGGGCUUGCAGAUUGAAGCACUUUCGAUGUUGGGCGCUGGCGUUUGUGUUCUGGGCACCACCGUGACCCUGCCCAGAUGGCUAUAAUAUUAUUUUAUACACAAACAUGUUUUUCAUAAAUGUUAUAAUUUUGUGUCUGUCUUUAUAAACUAUUAUAAGUACUAUUUUUGUUAUAAUUCAAAAUAGAUAUAGUAUAAAGUUUUUGCUGUUAAAUAUUUGUUAUUUAGUAAAAUAUGAAUUUUGCUCUAUUGUAAACAUGGUUCAAAAUAUUAAUAUGUUUUUAUCACAGUCAUUUUAAUAUUGAAAAAGCACUUGUGUGUUUUGUUUUGAUAUGAAACUGGUACCGUGUGAGUGUUUUUGCUGUUGUGGUUUUAAUCUGUAUAUAAUAUUCCAUGUUGCAUAUUAAAAAAAUGAAUGUUGUGCAUUUUGUGAUUUUGGAAAUACUCAAUGUGGCUCUUUUAUAGGCUUCUAUAAUAAACCGUGGGGACUCGC